CCGCGAGCUUCGAGGGCACUGGCAUCAGCCUGAGAGAAGAUUCUGGGAAAGGCUCCAAAGCAAACAGUUGCUUAAGGUGCGUGAUGCAGGGUGCUUGACUUCAACAGAUCACUUGGUGAUGGGUGGCUCAAGCAGUUCUUUUAUUGAGCACGUAGAGCACUGUAGGACUUUUUCAUUAGGUGCUAUUGAACAUCCAGUGUUGCAAGCUGGGCGCUUUGCGCAGAGAUGGCAGCAGUGUCUGCGCCGUUCUCCGGCAGUGUGCUGGGGCACCGCGCCUCACUCGCCCCAGCCGCUCCCCGAACUCCAGCCCCUUUGGCCCAGCCCAGCUGCGCUGGCGCUCCACAUGAAUCUGUGCGCCAUGCGCCAGCUGUGGCCGCAGGCGCCAUGGGCCUCGGAUUGAGGCGACGCAUGCGGAAUCGAAAAGCUCCUCGGAAUGCGGUGAGCUCCUCCUUGCAGGAAGCAAAAGAAAUGAGUCAGCCAGACAGGAAGGCUGCACUAGACAGAAGUACUCGCGAAAGAAAGAUUUUGGGAGCUGACAAAACCGUUGAGGACGUGAUCCCAGCGAAGUUGUUGGAGAGCGAUUUGGGAAAAGAGCUUAAGGUCGGCAUUGAAACCAUGGUGGAAGUGAUGCACAUGCUAAGCCUCGGCUUGCUGCUCCUGGAGGAUGUCAAGGACAAGUCCACCGUUGGGUUGCACGGCUUCAAGCUGCAAGACAAAUACGUCCGAGAGGCAUCCGAUGGCACUGAGUCAACAAUGCCCGGGCUGGCUGUAACCAGCUAUGUCAUGAAGCAGCUGCUUGAGCACUUUCCCGAGGACCCUGUGCUCAGCGAUGAGGAUGGGGAGCUUCUUUCCAGAGAUGAAGGCUUUGCCCAAGAGGUGGUGAACUUCUUCAAAGCUUUCCAGCUUAUGCCUGAUGCAACAACCAGCUCACUCGCUGAAUGGAGCAAGCAUUGCAAUUCUUACUCGGAGGGUGAGCCACCAAGAAGAUACUGGGUGUUUACACCGAUUGAUUCAAAAAAAUGCUUCAGGGACGCCAAACAAUUCGGUUGCACGUUGUGCCUGAUGCAGGAUAAUGAGCCAGUUCUCAGUCUGAUGGGCUGCCCCGUGCUGAGCUAUGACCAUCCUAGCCGCAGCAGCCCCCACCCCUCGGGAUGCCCAAUUUUCUAUGCUAUGAAGGGACAGGGUGCGUGGACACAGCUCGUGGUGAUGAAGAGGGAAACUGGCGUGUAUAUGGGGCAGUAUGGCUUGAAAAGCCCAUCCCUGAAGCUGAAUGUGAGUGAGAAGAUCCGGCGUGGCAACGAUGGGCUCUAUGAUAUGCUGGGGACUGAGCAGCUGCGCAUCUCACAGCACUCCAGAAUGCGGGAAGACAUUUUCCUUGAUUCGGAGCGGAUUGCCAAGCUCUUGGGGUCUGAGUUUGCCAAGUUUCAUUUCAUUGACAACUCCAUGAAGUUCAGUUGGCUGGCCAGAGGGGAUGAGGACAUUUCUUGGAGCAUCACACAGGGCCUCUAUGAUUCUUCAUCCAGGCUGCGCCUCACAGAGCAUGCAGCUGGUGUCCUGAUCGCCGAAGAGGCUGGCGCAAGUGUAGCCGAUUUAGAUGGCGAGGACAUCGAUUGGUCUACUGGGCCAAUUUUGUCCAACAAUCGGGGCCUUUUCGCGACGGACCCAAACAAAGUACCAAAGAAGGCGAUUGUGAAGGCCGUUAAGGAAGCAACCGAGAAGUCACAAGUCCUCUACCAAGAGAGAUGUGAAAAGAGGCGUGAAAAAGCACAGAUGUUGCGAAAAAUUUUUGAAGAAAUGGGCAAGUAUGCAGAGACUGAGGAGGAGAUCAAGGGCGCGGCGGUCGUGAAAAAGAGAGGACUCGAAAUGCUGGACAAUGAGGAGGAGAUGAUGAAGCUAACGCAGGAGUCAAUGAGCCGCGGUGUGCCCAUCCUUGGUGAGCCCACACUGGCAGAUGAUGAUGACCUUGGAGGUCCCAUCCCUUUCUCGCCAAUCAAGUCUGAUUGAGCCUUUUCCAAAUCCAGAUCUGCAUUUGUACGCUGAAUCGGAGCUUUGCGUAUAAAGAUGCACGAACUGGGCAAGACUUGGGCUUGGGCAAAAAGUUUAGCCUUGCAUGCCACAUGAUUGAACGGCAGCAUUGACUGGGGUGUUCAGCAGUGAUCUCUCAUGCCAAGCAGG